AUGAAUACAAAAAUAUUUAUGUAUUUUUUCGUUUCCCUUUUUCUAUGUCAUGUUGUUUAUGGAGAUAAGUGCUCAAUACCUCUUAAAGAUAUUAAAUUUCAAAAUUUUUCAUUGUUUAAUCUGAUUAAAUCUCAUGAUGAUACAGAAGGAAGAUUAAGUACUUGGAUUCAUUUUUUUUUUAAUAGAAUUCAUGACCCUUAUUAUGCUGGAAACUAUAUGAAACAUUUUAAUAUAAAUACUAUAAAUGUAGAAGAUCAACCAUGCUUUAUAAGAGCAUUUAAUAUAUACAUGAUUCAUACGCAUGCUAAUAAAAUUCUAAGCGUAACAGAAAACGAAGAAAAUAGUUUUCAUAAAGAUAAGUAUUCAAGUAUAAAAGACUAUUUAAAAGAUUUUUUCUGGGUAGCAGAAACAAAAUCAGUUCAUAAAUACUUAGAUGAUUUAUUAUUGAAUAUUCAUGAGAUUGAUAAUGCAAAAUUAGAUCUUAGUCUCAUAAAAGAUUUGGUAACAAAAGCGAGUGUAAACACCCCUGCAAAGUUUAUAGAUGAUCCUAUGAAAGCUUUAGAAAAUAUUAAACUAGUUGAAGAGGUUAAUGAUAAACGCAUAGAUGCUUCAAAACAUGCUAGCCGUGAUUACAAAUUAUUAGCUAUAUUAAGUUUAAAAAAUCAUUAUUACAAUGCAGAUCUCACUCACCCCAUACCAAGUGUUCGAGACGAAAUUGAUAGUAUGAUACGCUUAUGGUUCAGAAAGCGUAGUAAAUUAUUUCCUUUAUAUAAGAAUCCUUUAAUUCUUGAAGAUAAUACUAGAUGUAGUAAAACAAAUCUAAAAUGUUAUCCAACCCCCGACGAUUUGGUUCAAGCAUUUUUUUCAGCUAUUAAAGAAAAAAUGUUAAAAAUAUACAUACGAUUUUUGGACAAUUUUAGUAUAGCAAUACAAAAUAAAUCAUAUAAAAUAGACGGAUUAAAAGGUAUGAAAUUUUUAAAAAGUCUUUUUCAAAGAAAAACCUUCCCAAAUUUUGUAAAAUUGAAUUCUGAUUACAUAUCAUCCGAAUUAAUCUUCUUAAGAGAAAGUUUUUUUGAUGCACUUGAUAGUACUUUAAAUUGUUACACCAAUAAAUAUAUGAAUUUACCUGGUGAUAUAUAUUUGGAUACUAAGAUGGUCGGCGCAUAA